CCCAGGGAGUAGUACGAUUUAGACCCAACCUAACGGAACUGAGCAGAAAAUUCAUCCUCCUCGCAGACGAAGAUAAAACAGUGAAGCAUUUGCCGAUAGCCAUAACACCCCUCUAUCGGGGACAACUACAUAAAAAGAGAGAGUGAGCGAGAGUUGAUUGAUGGCUUCUCUCGUCAACAACCCCUUCACUCCUAUCCGCAACACCUUCAACACCACCACAGUCAAGUCCGACCUAUGUCCCGAACCCAGUUUCUUCAAAUGGCGUUGCUCAGGGGCUCAGUCUUUCGCUGCGAAGAGGGCUUCGUUUCCCAGAAUCUUGUGCAAAGCCGUGUCUGUGAAGCAGCCCUUACCGUCAGCUACCGACAUCGAAGGCCUCAAUAUUGCAGAGGAUGUUACUCAGCUUAUAGGGAACACACCAAUGGUGUACUUGAAUAAUAUUGUAAAAGGCUGUGUUGCAAAUAUUGCUGCCAAACUUGAGAUUAUGGAGCCAUGCUGCAGUGUAAAGGACAGGAUAGGAUUCAGUAUGAUAAAUGACGCUGAGGAGAAGGGACUUAUAUCUCCGGGAAAGACUGUCUUGGUGGAACCCACAAGUGGUAAUACUGGCAUCGGGCUAGCCUUUAUUGCUGCUUCAAAAGGCUACAAACUCAUCUUAACAAUGCCGGCGUCCAUGAGUCUUGAAAGAAAAGUUAUUUUGAAAGCUUUUGGUGCCGAUCUGGUUUUGACGGAUCCAGCAAAGGGAAUGAUAGGUGCUGUUCAGAAAGCUGAAGAAAUAUUGAAUAACACACCUGGUGCCUAUAUGCUUCAACAGUUUGAUAAUCCUGCGAAUCCAAAGAUACACUAUGAAACAACUGGUCCAGAGAUUUGGGAAGACACAAAAGGAAAGGUUGACAUACUUGUUGCAGGGAUUGGUACUGGUGGAACCAUUUCUGGUGCAGGGCGGUUUCUCAAACAGCAAAAUCCUAGCAUUGAGAUCAUUGGUGUGGAGCCUGCACAAAGCAACGUAUUAUCUGGUGGAAAGCCUGGCCCUCACAAAAUUCAAGGGAUUGGAGCAGGUUUUAUUCCAAAAAAUUUAGAUCAAGAUGUUAUGGAUGAAGUUAUAGAGAUAUCAGAUGAUGAAGCUAUUGAAGUUGCAAAGCAAUUAGCACUUAGAGAAGGAUUGCUGGUGGGCUUUUCCUCUGGAGCAGCUGCAGCAGCUGCGAUGAAGGUUGCUAAGAGACCAGAGAAUGCUGGAAAGCUUAUUGCGGUUGUUUUCCCUAGCUUUGGAGAGAGGUACCUGUCAACUGUACUUUUUCAAUCAAUUCGGGAGGAAUGUGAAAAGCAGCAACCAGAGAUAUGAGCAUAGUGUACAAGCCUUUUUCAUUAUGCAGUAAUCUUCUGAACACAAAUUAAACGAUUUUGACAAUCUUUUGUAUACAUUCCUUCUCCCUUUUGGGAUUGUUGUUUAUUUCUCCUAGUGUACAAGCCUUUAGUGAAAUGAUGAUGGUCAUUAGUCAUUACUAUAUUUUAAGUUUUGACCGUAUAACCGUAUUCAUCCUUUUGUUCUAAGUUUACGAUUCAAAUCUGUAUGACCUCUGAAGCAAA